CUCUGUAUUCUCUCAAAUAUCUCUGCUCAGUUCUUCCUCUCCGUGUUCUCAUUUUCUCAUGAGGAGACGGAAGCCGGAGAGCCUUCUCGGCUGCACCGCCGAUCAUCGUACGGAUUUACCACCUCCGAUUCCAUAUGAUUCCGACGCAGCCAUCUCUGCUGCGGCUGCCCUUCUAUGCGAGCUUAAACGUUCUUCAUCGGUCAAUAAUUCAAUCAUCCACCGCUUAUCUAAUCAUCCACUGGAAGCAGAGAUGGAGGCCACGAAUGAGGAGCAGAUGGGCGGCUUCGAAAAUGGAUUUGGAGAUAAAGAUGGGGAGAAGAAAGAGGAAACCGAGGAGAAAAUGGAGGAAAAGAAAGGGCAGGGGAGGAAGAGAAGAGAGAAAGAAAUGGAAUCCUCGGGCUCUGUCGCCAUGAUCAAAUGCAAGAAGACGGAUGGUAAAGGAUGGCACUGUAAGCGCCUGGCGCAGAGCCCACACUCUCUUUGCAGCUAUCAUCUCACCCAGCUCCGUUCCUACCGCUCUCGCUUCGACGACCAAGUCUCCGGCGAUCACAGGAAGAAAUAUGCUUUCUCCGUGGAUUCCGGCGGAUCCGCCUCUAAUUACUACUAUUAUUACUCCAUUCUGGGACCUUGGUGGGGUAAGCGCAGAGGUCCCGUCACCGAAAGUUCGGAGGGGAAUGAGGAGAACAGAAUUUCUUCGAAGGAUUGCAAUGUAAAGAGUGCUGAUAGUGAAGCUGCUGUUGAUGUUGAUGCUGUCGAAGAAGAAGAAGAAGAAGAAGAAGAAGAAGAUGAUGAUGAUGAAGAUUAUGGUGAGAGCUUCGGUAACGUUACCUAUUUGCAGAAGAAGAAGAAGACGAAGAGGAUGAUCAAGAGGAAAGGGAGGAAGCCAGUGAAGGCUCGUUCUCUAAAAUCUCUUCUUUGAUUUAAUUGAAUGUUUGGCCAUCAAAUUUUUGCUUGAUGAUUUUGAUA